UGGGAUCUGCAGGGUGUCCGGGCUUGCAGAAGUGCAGAGAAGCAGGGGGGUUGUAUAUUUAGCCAAGUGAAAAUCAUGUCAUAGAUUAUGCCUUGGUGCUCUCAAGUUUCACCUUCAGAGGUUUUCUGGUGGACCCACAGGCACUGGAGAGAGCAAGCAGCCCCCCAAGUGUAAGGGGGCAGGAGACAUUUUCCGUUCACUUCAUGGCCGGACGUUCGACUUAACACACCUGCCUGGACUGAAAGGGGAAGACAGAGGCCUCGAGAGAAAAAUCAGGGAGAGCUCCAAAACCUUCCAGUGUAAGAAGGCCACAACAGAGAUACAGUUUGGAAGGGUUCUGGUUUAAACUUGCAGCCACCUGCAGUGUGGACUUCUAGAGUUAUUUUUGAGGGGCAGUAAUGGAUGUUUUGGCUUUAGAGGCAAAGGGGGGCAAGGCUGACGCCUCUCCAGCACCUGCCCCGGCUAAAAGCAGGUCCAAAGUGCCCAAAAAGGCUAAACGAAUUGUUUACUUUGAGGUGGAGAUCCUGGACGCCAAAAACAAGGAGAAACUGCUGCUGCUGGACAAGGUUGAACCUUCUGCCACCAUUUUGGACAUAAAGUCUAUGUUCCACAAAUCAAAUCAGCGUUGGUAUCCUGCCAGACAGUCGCUGUGCCUGGACCCCAAGGGAAAACCCUUGAAAGAUGAAGACGUGCUCCACCAGCUUCCAGUGGGAACCACAGCAACUUUCUACUUCAGAGACCUGGGAUCACAGAUCAGCUGGAGAACCGUGUUCCUCACUGAGUGCAUUGGGCCGCUCUUCAUCUAUCUGAUGUUCUAUUUCAGAGUGCCUUUCAUCUACGCCCCCAAAUACGACUUCACAACCAGCAAACACUGGGUCGUGCACCUAGCAUGCCUGUGUCACUCCUUCCAUUACGUGAAGAGGAUCCUAGAAACACUGUUUGUCCAUCGCUUCUGCCAGGGCACCAUGCCACUGCGCAACAUUUUCAAGAACUGUUUGUACUACUGGUGCUUUGCAGUGUGGAUGGCCUACUACAUAAACCAUCCACUCUACACACCACCAUACUACGGGGAGCAGCAAGUGAAGACAGCGCUUGGGAUUUUUGUGUUCUGCCAGCUGGGGAGCUUCUCCAUUCACAUCACUCUCCGCAAUCUCAAGCCUCCUGGUUCUAAGACCAAGAAGAUUCCAUAUCCAACCAAGAAUCCUUUCACAUGGAUCUUUGCACUCGUUUCAUGCCCCAAUUACACAUACGAGGUGGGCUCCUGGCUGGGCUUCACCGUGAUGACGCAGUGCGUCCCCGUGGCCUUCUUCACCAUCGUCGGCUUCAUACAGAUGACCAUGUGGGCCAAAGGCAAGCACCGCAGCUACCUGAGGGAGUUUAAAGAAUACCCAACACUGCGCUCGCCCAUCCUGCCCUUCGUCCUGUAGACUCUCUCCCUUACGUACACACUGCCAUACUGGGCCAGUUUGUGUGAAGUGCCUCAAAGUAAGGCUUCUGAUUCAGAUUCGGCUCCAUUGAUGAAUAACUGUAUAAACGGCAACUAAUCUUAGAUUAGGCACUUUUUUGGGAUAAAUAGGACAAAUUUUGCAUAUGCAACCUCAUGAGAGCUCAUAUCACCCUGUGCACACUUUAAACUGGCAACUGAGCAGCAUUUGUGAUGGGAUCUCUCUCUAGGAAAGAACUAACACCCCAAGGGUUAACAGAAACCCCAGCUUUUUUCAACCUAAUUAGCCAUAUUUGCGCUGUAUGGAAGCCUAAUAGAGGAAAAAAAACAAUAUUGACUUGCUUUCUCAAUAUAUUGGCUUAACAUCUCAAAAUUGACUUUGUUUCUCAAAAUAUUGUCAUAGUAUCUUGAAAAUAAUGACCUAUUUUUUGAAAAUAUUGACUUGAGUAUCUGAAAAUAUGACUUGCUUUCUCAAAAUAUUGACUUAGUAUCUCAAAAUAAUCACUUUCUCAAAAUAUAUCUUUAAAAAAUGUUGAGAAUAUGUCAUUAUUUUAAGAAAAAAUACAUCAAUAUUUUUGACAUAUUGCUGCCAGAAACAGAGGGGAAAACUAUUUUUUCUCCUCUACCUGUAAGGAAUGGGCUUCCAUGUUGCUCUGUGGAUGGACAGUAACAGAAAAAUACCAGAAAACCACUGAACCAAAGCACCCUUGUAAUACUAGGCAAUGGGCCAUUGCUUCAGUACCUCUUCUUCAGACAACGUGUUUUCAAACACUCUAAAGCAGGGGUACGUCAGGGGUGCUCCGUCAGGGUCUAGGAGACCUGCCUUCCUGGACAGCUCAGAUGACAUUCACCUCUAAUACUCAGAUUUCCCCAAAGGCCUUCAUUACCUGGAUCAGGUGUUGGUAGGUUGGGCUUGGAGCUAAACACUUCACAGUGGUAGAUGUCCAGGACCAGGACUGCUCCGAGAGUGAAGGGGAAAUUAGGAUGACUGGAACAAUUCAGUGACCAGACUACCUGCCCCUGAAAAAACAACAGCGUGGUUCACAGAAGCACCUCACAGAUGUAAUGUGAAUACUGGUUUAAUGACUAUCACAGACAGAAGCCUUAAUUAUGCAUGUAUAGUUGCCUCAUUUUAUAUUUCUGAAUGAAAUAUAAAAUGAUGUACCAGCUGACUGUGCAUUUACAGUACAUUGUAAUUGUCUCUGCACCUCGCUAUGUAAGCAAGGGAAGGUACUGGUGUUUAGUGACUGUGGAGCUGGUAAGCUCUUUUCUCCAGCCCUGUGCUCUUCUCCAGAUGACAAGUAGCUUAUUGAUUGUCAUUUGUAGCCACCUUAAUUCUGAUGAUCUUAAUAUUGGAAGCUUCUGGAAUCAAAUCAAACCGAAAACAAUUUAGCUGAGCUAAUAAACCAAUACUGGAUACAAUCUACUCUGCGUGACCAUGUACGGUCGCAUCAGAACCACAGAGCAUUCUAAAGGGCAAUUCCACCAGUUUUUCCAAACUUUUCGCCUAAUUCAAUAGUUAAGAUGUAAACAGUCGUUGAGGGUGGUUUGAUUUCUAGACAAACUUACAGUCAGAAUCGUUCACAGUGGUGGUGAUAGGAACCAGACGUCUGAAAAGUUUAAUGCCUCUAAAAAUCCCUCACUGUUAGGUUUACACUAAAUGGUUACAAUUACACUUUCUGGUUUAUCACUGUUUUAUUGACCAUUCUCAACGUUACAUAAGAGAAACCUGUACUGGACUUUGUGACCCCUGGUUCCAGUCCCCCCACCACUGUGCAAAAAUCGUUCAGAACGUUUCUCUACAAUCAACCAUUUCAGAUCAAACCACUGUGAUUGACUGUUUACAUCUCAACAACUGAUUUAUGCAGAAAGAAAAAAAAAUCUGUGAAAUUUCCCUUUAAAACAACCACCAAAAUAUCAAGUGCAUCAGUGAAGAAAGGCAGGUUUAAUCCUGAGGUAAGUAGAAAUGUCCUCAUAUAAAAGUCCAAAUCUCUUCAUCACUGCAAUGGAACAAGUGGAAUUACAUGCCAUGUCUUCAGUCGGCGACAUGCCCGCAUAAGCAGUUCUGUCCAUCAGAAAAAUGAAUGGUGUUCCAAAAAGUCACCCCUACUGCACCCUGUGGUAAACACUCAUUUUCCCAAGCUAAUGCAGUUUGUCCUGUGUACGUUUUCCUCAAAUGUCACUGGGUCCUCUGAAUUAGAGGUCAUUAAGUAGUCAAAAUUUGAAUUGUGAUGUUAUGUGAAAACAAGGCUAUUAAUAAAACUGUAGUCUGCUUCAACACUAUUAUAUAGCACUCUUCAGUUUAUAGCCUUUUACUGACAAAACCACAGAUUUAACAGUUUGCAGCUUUGGGUGGGGCUUUCUGGAGAGACUGUCAGUUGAAUGCACACAAGUUUCAGCUUGCAAGCACCAUAUGUGUAGUAAUAUUCUCACUUUGACUACUUAAUGACUGUGUAAUUCAAACAACAGUGAUUCAGGUGAAACGCGCACGUAGCACAAGUCACCGACAGAUGUGGGAAAUUCAGUUCUGAAGAGUAAAAAUCCUCCCCAGGAUUUUGUUUGCUUCUCUAAUUAGCUCACACCUUUGAGCUCCUCUGCUCUGAGGGGUUUGAGGGGUCCCCUGCUGCAGGUUUGAGCUCCUCUGCUUUGAGAGGUCUGAGGGGUUUGAGAGCUCCUCUGCUUUGAGAGGUCUGAGGGGUUUGAGAGCUCCUCUGCUCUGAGGGGUCUGAGGAGUCCUCUGUUGCAGGUAUGAGCCAAAUAGAGAGGGAAACCAAAUCCUGGGGAGGAUCUUUGCUUUCUGAACCUGAACUAUCCACUUCUAUAUACAGGCUUUGAAACUCAACAAUUAACCACAGAGGAGUGAUUUCUGAAAACCCAUUCAUUUUUCUCCUACACACAAAAGACCCAGGGCUCAUUUACAAAAGUGUCAUUUACUUAGAGGUCUGUAUUUAAAGUGUAAUUGCACAGAUUUUUCAGCACUUCUUCUUUAAACUGUUGGGAUAUAAACAGACAUUCAGAGUGAUUUGAUGUGAAAAGGUCCACUGUAGAGAAAUUUACUGACAGGAACCAAGGAGCGUGAUACAUGCAGCUGAAACUCAGCCAUUUUAUUGACCACUAGUGAACCUACAUGUCUUCUGAGCUUGUAUAUGUAAUGAUGAUAAUGGUAAAACAGCAGUAAAUCUGAAGAAACAGACAAAAUAAUAGUUCUCUUUUUGGACUAUUUUGCCUUAUAACGCUCUAAAUGUACCUCUCUAUGCCAAUGUUCUCUUAUGUCUGGUUCCUGCCACCACUACUUUUCACAUCAAACUAUUCCAUAUAACCAUUUGCACAUGAA